AUGCUGCAGCUACCAGCAAACAAGUUAUGCGCAGAUUGCCAUGCUCGAAAUCCGCGAUAUACAUCUCUGACUUUCGGGGUUUUCAUAUGCAACCGUUGUUUCGGCGUGCAUAGGGGCCUUGGCACUCAUAUAUCGCGCACGCGAUCAGUGACCUUGGAUACAUGGAACGAUGAACAAAUCCGAGCAAUGACAUCUGUCGGAAAUGACAAGGCUGUGAGUCUGACUGAACAACCACGUGAUAUGUGUCUGAAACUCAUGAGAGAUGUUCCACACUGA